AUGCGUGGCGUAUUGUUGGUAAUGUUUGUGUCAUUCUUCAGGUCUGCGAUUUGCACGGGCCCGUUAAUAAAUAUACACUAUGGUCAGUUAAAGGGAAAAAAUUACGUCUCGAGAAGCGGAAGGAACUAUUUUGCCUUUCAAGGGAUACCGUACGCCAAACCACCGGUGGGCAAUCUACGGUUUAAGGUAAUUUUUACUAAAAUGAUUUUCGUCAUACAUUGAUAUUAAAAUUGUUAUAAAAAACAUUCUAUAUUAAACUCAAUUUUUUAGAAUUUGAGAGAAGCGAGAGAGCUAUUGGUAUUACUAAGAUAUUUAUUUUUAAUUUCUAGACUGUGAACACGUUUUUUAUUGGUAAAAUUGCUCCAAUUAUUACAUGUAGGAACUUUUCUGAAAGCUCAAGUUGUCUAAAUGGUACUUUAAAAAGGUCAUUUUUUAAUUUUCUCUGUCAUUUUGUUAAUUAAAAGCAUUUCAUUUGGAAAAAACCAUAGGAAAACAUAUAAUUUCAUGAUUUCAUUAUUUCAUAAAAACACUGAUGGCUUUUACUACCAGAAAAAAUAAUUAAAUCGAAAAACCACAAAAUAUCUCUUUUGUUAUCUUUUUGAAUUACUUUCUUAAGGUAUCAUUUUCAAAACUUUUAAGCCACUUUGAGGUUUAAAGGAAUUUUAAUUUUUAGGAGUUUUUUUUGCUGUAAUUCAGUUAUAAAUACACUUAAAGACUUGAAACUUGGUAAUAAUAUUUAUCUUAGACUUAACUACGCGUGGUAAAAUUUUUAUAUGUAGCUUUUCUUCUGAAAGGAAAUUGGUGUAGGGAGGUACUUUAGAAAGGUAAUUUUUCGGUUAUCUCAGAAGUUUUCUCAUCAAAUUCGAAAAAUCAAAAAAAAAAAAAAAAAACGGUAAAAUAUAAGAAAUGUAGGUAUAAGUUGAAAUAUAUUACGACCUUCUUUUUUGCUUCACUUAGACAUGGUAUAAUUUCCAAAAUCAUCAAACGACUUUUUUAUUUUAAUAAGAGUUUUAAAAUCAAAUUUAAACGAAAAUCACAAAAAAAAUUCACUUCAAAUUAUAUAUUACCGAACUGCCCUCGGAAUUAUUUUUCGUCAUCAAUGGUUUAUCGUUGCUUACAAAUAUAAAUUAAAUAACCUUGUGUAUCCUACCUUUUCAAUUUCCCACCUACAAAAGUGGCUACACUUAUCCUCAGUAUCAGUUCUUUUUUUCUAUUUUUUUUUAUUCUGUAUACAGAAGCUCUACCAGAAAUAUUGUUCCAAAGUAUCAAGUUAAAAGAUAUAUUAUUCUUAUUGGCAAUCGACAUCGCCGUAAUUUUGGGUAAAAUACCUACACUAAAAAUAAAUGUCUCAACAUGACUGGAUUUCUAGAUGAAAAAAACUAAAGUAGUUUAUUAUUAACGACAUAUUUAUCAAUUAUAAUCGCUAAAACCACUUUUAAUGAAAAAAUAGUAAAAAACAGGAUUAAAACAGGACAGUCACCGAAAACAGGACUAAAUGCGUCCUGUUUAAUUCCGAUUGAAAAAACAGGACAUCAAGCUGAAAAACAGGACAAUCCCGUUUAAAACAGGACGUAUGGUUACCCUAUACUAAGUACAACUCGUAGUAAAACUCGUGUUAAAUGUUUGAGUGUUUUUGCUGGAUCGAAAAUAUGUAAUAUGUUUUUACUGAUGAUACUCAUACUUUUGGAGUUGUUUUUACGGUGCAGUAUUAAUAAACUAUUUAACGUAUAAUAAAUUUCAAAAUUCGGUUUGGGAUAACAGUUUUAUAUUUGGGUUUGCUCAAGGCCAUCUAGUAGCACCUUUGGUGGAUAAAUUAUUUUUUACAGUUAGGUACCUCUACCUAUACUAUCAAUGAUUUGUUUAUACAGCCCCCAGAGCCUGCCAGUUCCUGGAAUGGCAUACUGAACGCCACCGUGGAACCACCGGCAUGCAUUCAAAAGAAUAUGUUCAUGUAUCAGACGGCCAACGUUCUUGUCGGCAGCGAAGAUUGUCUGUAUUUAAACGUUUAUACGCCUAAGGUAUAUUUUUCUGAUUUAUACGAAUAAUAUUAUAGUACCAGUAAUACCUUUUUUUUUAAACUUUCCGAAUAGCUGCCCAAAAUUGGCCAUAAAAAUCUACCGGUUAUGGUGUGGAUUCCUGGUGGAGGUUUCAGCUCCGGCCACGGCGGUAUGCGAUUCUACGGCCCAAAAUACCUAAUGGACAAGGACGUCAUUUUGGUUACGAUGAACUAUAGGUUAGGCGUUUUUGGUAAGGUGUAAUAGGUCAAUAUAUCAUAAUGACAAACGGACGUAUUCAUAAUCCGUAUAUUCAUCUACAUAAAUUAUAAAUAUAUAUAUUAAUAAAUGAAUUACAGUUCAAAUAUUUUUAGCUGAACCAAAACAAAAUAAAAUAAAAACCAACAAAUUUAAAACACAUUACAUCUAAUAUUAGUUCCUUAAGUGCACUUAAGGAGGAAAACAGAGAACCGAUAUUGAGCGAGAAAGGUAGUGUUAGUUGGGAAUAGCUAUGGAACUAGUAUGCAAAUAGGUAGUAUGGAAAAAAUAAUUCAAUAUUUGUUUUUGCAUCACGCAAUUAUCAUUAGUUAUCUAUCUACAAGUUUGUUAUGUUUAUGAAUAUUUAUAAUCAAUUUAAGUUCAAUAUAGACGUAUUUCAUCUAUGAUUGGUGUUAACUAUCGUUAUCCUUUUCACUCAAUAUUGUUCACGAAUAUCAUAUAUGGUGGGUGAGAAAAGCGUAGUCCAUUUAUUAAUAUUAUGUCCGUUUUAUAAAUCGGUUAGGAAUUUAAUUAAUGAAUAUUUAUAGGGUUUUUGAGUACUGAAGACGAUGUAUUGCCUGGAAAUUACGGUUUGAAAGAUCAAGUCGCGGUGCUUCAUUGGGUUCAGGAAAACAUAGCCAAAUUUGGAGGCGAUAAAAAAAAAGUCACGUUGUUUGGCGAGAGCGCGGGUGGCGCGAGUGUUGGUUUACAUUUAUUAUCCCCGAUGAGUAAAGGUAUAUAUUAUUUACAAUAUAAUAUUUGUUUCAUACGAAACGAAAACUAAACGUAUUGGUAAUUAUUAAUUUUUUUUUUUGAAAAUUCCGAUCAGGUCUGUUUCACAAAGCUAUUUUACAGAGUGGAAGUCCGUUUUGCUUGUGGGCCGUCUUGCCACCAGGUUUGGCCGAACGCCGAGCUAAAGCUGCCUCUACAAUUAUGGGGUGCCCUUCAAAUUCUAAGGAUAUGAUCGACUGUUUGCGGUUAUUGCCCGCUGAAACGCUUGUAAAUUUACCACGGAAUUUUUGCGUACGUUGCGUUAAGUAUACUGUUUUAAUAAUAAAAAAAAGAGCUAAUAUUGUGGACAGGUGUGGCUAAUUUUGUAGCUGGUUAGUUGGGGAGGUGGGUUAUUUAAAGUUACUUAAUUUAGACUAAUAACCGAUAAACCAUUUAAAUACAACACAUAAAUACGAUUUGGGGCAAAGUUUGGAUAGAUAUGUUUUUAAUGGCAGUAAUAUUUACGAUUUUCGUCAAAAUAUGAUUUUAAAACUCUUCUAAAAAAAAACUACAUUUCAGUCAAUAUUUCUUUUUUUACUACUAAAUACGACUUAUAAUGAACUUUCAAACAAAUUUUCAAAUAUUUCUGUUCGGUUUAACAAUUUUAUCCACAUAGUACCUACCGAAUACGGAUUACAUAAAAGAACUAGCAAAAUUAAAACGUCUAUAAAUAGUUCAAAAAUAUUUCAAAUGUUUUGAAAAUUGGACAACGUUUAGAAAAAGCAAACAUAAGUUUUAUGUCGAAAUUUCAAGACUCUAAAAACAGUUUAAACUGAAUUUAAUUUAAAAAAAAGACUACCUAGGAUUAUAAAGACGUAUGCAGCCAUUGUUAUAGGUAAUUUAAUGUAUAAGUAAGCAACAAUAAACCAUUGCUAACAAAAAAAAAAAAAACGAUUCUGAGCACAGUUCAGUUGAUAGUGUUAACAAUAUAUAUAUCAUAGGAUGGUAAAAUAAUUAAAUAGACAUUAUAUAUUUUCUUAAAUUAUAUUUGUUUAACAUUGUACCGAUUUUCACGUUUUUCUUCGUUUUCCCGGUUUUCCCAUAUUCUUUUCUGGUUUUGCACAUUUGCUGGGAAAAUCAAAUGACCUUCCUAAAGUACCUUUCUAGUCAGAUUUCUUUUUAGAAAAAGAUCUAUCAUUGUAAAUUGGAGGAAAAUUGCUGGUAGAAAAAUGGUUCACAGGAAAAAAGAAGGCGAAAUAUUUUUCAAGUAUACCUACAUUUCGUACAUUUUCCCGUUUUUCCUAAUUUUUUUUUGGUUAUUCACAUUUGUUGAGAAUAUUCCUGAGAAAAUCGUAAAAUUAUCUUCUUAAAGUACCAUCCUAAUCAGAUUUCUUUUCAGAAAAAGUGCUAUCAUUUUAAAUCGGAGCAUUUAAAAUCAUUUGAUUUAACUUGAUAAUUUUUUUUGCGAUUUUCGUUUAAAUUGGAUUUCAAAACGCUCAUUAAAAAAAAAAAAAUUCAUCCGAUGAUUUAGAAAUUUUACCACGUCUAAUUAAGUUCAACAUAGUAUUAUUACCAAGUUUUAAGUCUCUACGUGUAUUUAUAACUGACUUAUAGCAAAAAACUCCCAAAAAUUAAAAUUAAAAUUCCUUAAAAUCUCAAAAGUGGCUUAAAAGUUUUGGCGAUGAUAUCUUUAGAAAGUAAAUUAAAAAGAUUACAAAAAAACGUAUUUUGUGGUUUUUUUGAUUUAAUCAUUUUUUUCUGGUAGAAAACGUCGUCCAUGUUUUUAUUAAACAAUAAAAACUUGAAAUUGUACGUUUUUCUACAGUUUUUUCCCAAUGAAGUGCUCUAUUUAAAAAAAUGACCUUGCUAAAGUACCAUUUAGACAAUUUGAGCUUUCAGAAAAAUUGCUACAUGUAAUAAUUGGAGCAAUUUUACCAGUAAAAAACGUGUUCAGAAACUAGAAAAAAGAAAAAAAGAUAUCUUAGUAAUACCAAUGGCGUCAUCGUUACAUUCGGAAUCUAAUAUAGUAUUGACGUAAGAGAUGAUUAAAAUCCUCGAAUAAUAAAAAACUGUGCUAAGACAAAAUAACUAAUAUACUAUACAAUAAUAAUAAUGUUUUGUACAUACAUAGUCUAAAUAAUUGUAAAAAUGCCUUUUCGGUUUUUUAAGCUAACUAUUAAUAUUUAACUCUGAUUUACGUAUAUAUAACGUGCUUUACUUUGUUUUACUGGUAUUCAGGAAUGGGAAAUACAUCCGUCUGUGACUUUUUCAGUCGUUGCCGAAAAAUGUCACAAGAACAACAAGCACGAGUCGUUUUUGUGCAAUUACCCGCUGAAAUAUUAUAAGCAAGUGUCGCUGGUACCUACUAUAAUCGGUAUGAAUACCGGAGAAGGCGGCUUAUUCGCUUCUUGUGAGUACCAACAAUUUAAUAAAUAUUUUAUCAGUUUAUACUUUAUACAAUAUUAUGAUAUUUAUCUAUGUCAUACUUUCUAUAGGGCUGUACGAUGAAAAUGGUAUAAUCCGUCCUGAACUUAAAAAUAACUUUAAUCGGAUAGUGCCAUUAGUGUUACAGUAUCAUUUUACAGCGUCGUAUAAGGACGUGGAUUUUAUUAGUAACAAAAUCAAAGAACAUUACUUUCCGAAAGGCAUUUCUAUAGAAGAUAAUCCAAAAAACACUGUUGAUGUUAGUAUGGAUUCGUCAUAAAAAUAAAAAUAAAACGCAUACAAAUUAUUGUUUAUUUUUAUAUUUUUUUUUUUAUAUCAUACCGCAGAUGAUUUCCGGUGGUGCAUUCCUAAAGGGUGUUAUCGACAUGGCCCAGAACAUUAUGUCACCCGCUCGUUUUUACGUGUACGAUUAUGCAAAUAAAUAUUCGUUAAAUGCGUUCUUUGGACCAUGUCCGAAAAAUUUGGGUGUCUCUCAUGGUGACGAAAUGAUUAGCCUUUUUGACUGCUUGGGAAAGAAACUGAAUGAACCAGAUACGAAUGUUUCGAAACUCUUGGUCAACAUUUGGACAUACUUUGCUAGCUCCGACUUUGCGUACGUUUUAUUAAAAUUGUUUUUAUCUUUUACGUUAUAAAGUCGAAUAACAUGAUGAAGUGUUUACAAAAUUGUACACAUAUUUACACUUAAAAUUAUUGUCAUUACGUUCCACUCGAUAAACCAUGUUAAUUCUCAUUCCAUACUGUUCAUCUCAUUAUAUUAUAUUGAAUGAAGCGAUUAACCGGAUCAUGACAUAAGUAAAUAGAGACCUCUUUUUUUCAAAUAUAUACUUGUUUUUGUUAGAAUUUUAAGUUAUAAUAAUACCAAUAUUUCCCCAGCAUUCCGCAUAUGAUUUUCACAAUUUUUUUUAAAAUAAUUAAUAAUUUAAUUACUCAUGUUGAAUGCAAACAAAUUGAUUGGAUUUUUUAUUUUAUUUUAAUAUUUGAAUCGCUAUUUAGCCUUGAAGGGGAGGUCGUAAGAAUUUCGAAAAUAGCCAUACAAAUUCAUACAAAUUGCGUAAUAUGUGAUAGUAAUGAAAAAAACACGCUAACGCUAUCAAAUUUUAGACUAUAUAUGAGAAAAGGUCUUUAGAAAGAUUGAGGUUAAGAUAGGAAGAUUUUACUUAGAAGAAAAUUAAGAUAGUAAACCCAAAGACCCAAUGAAAAAAAUAUGCAGAAAAUAGGGAUAGGUUGAGAUAAGUUCUGUACUUAGUGUAUGAUCUUAAAAAGGUGCUAUACCUUGCAUUCAACAGAGACAACUUAGUGCUGUUAAUUUUAAUUGGAACGAAUUAAUAAUCAACUUAAAGAUAAAAACAUUAUUUACGCAACUACCUACGUUAGUUAUUUUUGUUAUUUUAACUCUUUAUCUUCCCCUUCGCCUUCAUUCCAACUAUUUGGGGUCGGCCACCCUCGUUCUAAACAUUCAUUUUAUCCGAUCUUUCCUCACGCUUACACCGGCUGUUCUAAUAUCAUUCUCAACUGAAUCGGGCCAACUUGUCGUAUGCGCUUUGCCGGCAAUAUUUCGUCUGCAGUAUAGGCUCUAUCAUGUUUUACUGUCCUACAGAAAUGUUUAAACAAUAUUAACCAAUUUUCGCGUACCUCAAAGCAACCCCAUUUGUCUCCACAAACAGUGUUUCAGAUGUUUUACUACACUGUAAGCUACUUUGUUUUGCAGAUGACAAAAAGUUGUUUUAUAAAAUUGAAAGUCAUAAUGACUGCAUAAAACUGUAGGAGUAGAUCAACGUGAUCGAUAAGAAUAUGCGAUUUGGGAAGUAUGCGAUUCGGUGACCGAAACGCUGCAUGUCGCAUUGGUUCGCGGUUGAUUGCGGGGCAAACGCGAUGUUUGGCGCUGUCCAUCUAUUUAUGGCUGUUUUGAUAAUUCAAAAAACGCUGCUGUUCAACAGCUAUGUAUGGCGCGGCUAAUUGUGUUUAAGAUAGCAAAGAGAUAAUUCAAUUAUUUUAACUUUAAAAAUAAUAAAAUACGGUUGUUACACGCAACAGCAACAAUAACAACAACAGUAUGUAUACAGUACGCGUACCUAUAUUGAAUUUCAAUACACCAUGCUGUAAUAAUGUAAUAAUAGUAAUUAAUAGUACAUACUUUACAGAUUUUAAAAAAAAAAUCAUGUAUAACCUAUUGUAGGUACUUAAAUACCAUAUAUUAUACACAAAAUACAUAUAUUUAUAAUAGAUACUGAAUUAAAUAAUAUUUGACUUAAUUAUCAUAAGUUUAACAUAGAUAUUGUGCUAAAUAUAGUAACAGCCAUGAUUCAUGAAGACUAGAUUAUUCUAACAUAAAAAAAAUAUUAUAUUGAAAUAUACACAUUUGCACAUGUAUGGAUGCGUAAUUUUACGAGCUGUACAAUUUAUGAUGCGUCAUGAUUCGAAAUAAUGCAUAUAUUUUCAAAAAAAAAAAAAAAACACAAAAACCCUGAAUAAUAGCUAUACUUCGUAGGUUAAAGUAGUAAUCUUAGCGUACACAGGGCAGCUUAACUGUGGCCGUUUAAUCGGGCGACUCAUUUCGGGACGUUUUUUCAUGCGGGCAGCCGUACUAGUUUGGCCUCCUUAUUCUAGUCUUCAUGGUCUUUACUAAUCGUGUUCACCCUAUUUUUUUGGUUAAAUUUUGCAUACAUUCAAAUUCUAAUUUUUAGAAUUUUUUAAGUGUAGUUAAAAGGAAUACUUAGAUUUUUACAACAUUUAAGGAGUAUCCUGCGAUAAUACCAACUUUGGUUUUUCAAAUAAGAACCUAUAUUAAAAAUAUACUCCUUAAAUGUUGUAAAAAUCUAAGUAUUCCUUUUAACUACACUUAAAAAAUUCUAAAAAUUAGAAUUUGAAUGUAUGCAAAAUUUAACCAAAAAAAUGGGGUGAGCACGAUUAGUGAAUCAUUCUGAAUACAUUUAUUGAAAAUAAAAAUGAUUGAAAUAUUUGAACAGGUUAUUUAACUGUUUAAGUUUCGACAUUAAUUAUUCCAUAUUUAGCUCAUAAUAUUUAUUAAUAUUGACCAUAUUAUUUUUCUUUUUUUUUCAAAUUUUUUGUUUUAGUGAGGUGACUAUAGAUGGGACGAGUACCGGAAAUAUUUGGCCGGUAUACGAUAAAAAAGACAUGAAAUAUUUAUUGAUAAAAUCACCCACACCCGUUCUGGCCGAAAAACCGUUUGAGGACGAAUAUAAUUUUUGGAGUUCACUACCGUUAAUGUCAGAUUUUCAACAACAUGUUUUAAAAACUGAACUCUAA